GAUAUUACGUGUAGAUCAAAGUUUCAGUUACUAUCUUUUUACAUUUUAGCAAGUUUUUUCGGAGCGGAGACCAUAGGAAAUUUCGACCCGAGCUCUCGCAGUGUUUUGAUCGGUUUACGGUGGUCGCACGGUCUAGCUAGUUGGAGUUGGACGACGCUGCAGUACGGCAGUAUAAUUGUGAUCAUUGUUUCAUUGCCCUUUGCCUUUUGAGGUGUUCUAAAGGAGGUCAUACGUAGGAUAUAAACUAUCGUAGAAUAUGACAAUUGUAUCGCAUGGUAUUUGUUUUGCGUUAGUCGGAUAAUCAAUCGUCUUCAUCAUGUUUUGGUGACAAAGAGGAGAACAUGUUUCUUGACUAGUUCUGCUGAUCCAGUAGGCUGCGAUUUCGUUGACGUUUGAUUUACGAAAUAACGAUUCUUGAGAUAGAGGACUCCUAAUAUUCUUCUUCUGGUUGGUGCUACAACAUUAUGAAACGCACUGGUGCGGAUCCUCAGGAGAGUGCAUUCCCGCAGCAGCGAGUCAACACAACAGUGCCUGUCGAGAGAGUGAUCGGCAGCCAGCGUAUUCCGUUGCCUUCAUCUGUUCCUGUCUUUGAGCAGGCAAUACAACCCGAGAACAUGGCCAGUGGCUUACAUUACCAACCUAUGCCUGGAUAUUCUGUUCCAGCAGUCGGUCAGCCUGUAAGCCACCAUGGUGGAGUUCACCAUCCAAACCACCCUCAUCCACAUGCUGCCUCCCAACCGGCUGGAACUCACCAACAAACGAUUCAUCAGGCUCAAGCACAGUCACAGGCACAUAUUGCUCAAGUACAAGGCCAGCAACAACAGCAGCAACAACAACAGCAGCAACAGCAGCAACAACAACAGCAGCAGCAGCAGCAGCAGCAGCAACAACAACAGUAUCAAAGACUGAAAGUUGAGGAUGCUUUGUCAUAUCUUGAUCAGGUCAAGCUUCAGUUUGGAAGCCAACCUCAAGUCUACAAUGACUUUCUAGACAUCAUGAAAGAAUUCAAGUCACAAAGUAUUGAUACCCCUGGUGUUAUCAAUCGAGUUUCAAACCUCUUCAAAGGACAUCCAGAUCUUAUUGUUGGUUUCAACACUUUCUUGCCUCCUGGAUAUAAGAUAGAGGUCCAGGCUAAUGACCCUUCACAGAUUAAUGUCAGCACUCCUGGAAACCCAAUUCCAAAGCUCCUGACAGUGACAGGCUUGCAACCCAUCAGUACACCAUCCUCUGGGCCAGGCAGCAGUAGUCAUGGGUCAGUGGUUCAGACCCAGACUCCAGGACCACCCGCACAGAGCUCCCAACCUCAGGUGGUAACACAAACAGCUAAGCAAGCAGCAGGCACAGGCUCCUAUGGACAGGCCAGUAUUUCAAAGGCAAGCCUCCAUCAGAUGGCAAGUGCUCUUCCCAUUCAGAACCAAGCAGCAGCUGGAGGUCAUACCUAUUCUCAGCCCCCUCCCGCUGCUGCCCAGACUAGCCCUCAACAGUCACAGAUUGGACCAGUUGGAGGUGGGGGAGGAGGAGGAGGUGGUGGUGGUGGUGGAGCGGGUCAGCCAGUAGAGUUUAACCAUGCUAUAACUUAUGUGAACAAAAUUAAGAACCGAUUUCAAAACCAGCCUGAAAUCUACAAAGCCUUCCUUGGCAUCUUGCACACCUACCAGAAAGAGCAGCGCAUAGUCAAAGAAUCUGGUGGCACCUAUCAACCUUCCCUCUCAGAAACACAAGUCUUCAGUCAGGUCUCUAAACUGUUUGAAAAUCAAGAAGAUCUCCUGAAGGAAUUUGGACACUUCUUGCCAGAUGCCAAUGGUGCAGUCGGACUAGCCUCCUCCUUUGGAUUAGGAAGGGUAGGUGUUCAGGAUACAAACACUGUUUCACUGGACAAUCUUUCUAGCAUUCUUGUGCGAAGUGAACACUCAGAAACAAAGAAGCCACGCCAAACUCCAAAACACAGCAGUCAGGUGAAGAGGCAAGGGCAAGGAGCUCAUCAUCCUAGCAAGAAAAUCAAGAUUGGCCCAACUAAAGACAUAUCUCUGGAUGAAGCAGGCAAACAUGGUAGCCUCAGUGAGUUUGCUUUCUUUGACAAGGUGAGGAAAGCUCUCAACAGUCAGCAGGUAUAUGACAACUUUCUCCGCUGUUUGCUCCUCUUCAACCAAGAAAUCAUUUCAAGAGCAGAAUUGGUACAGCUUGUCAAUCCAUUCCUUGGCAAAUUUCCAGAGUUGUAUCGCUGGUUCAAGGAGUUUCUAGGCUACAAGGAAUCAGACAAAAUAGAGCCUCCUCACCAACCCAAAGAAAGAUCUCAAGGAGAAUUAUAUACUGAAAUUGAUUUCUCCAACUGCAAGCGUUGUGGAGCUAGCUACAGGGCUCUUCCCAAGAGCUACCAGCAGCCAAGGUGUACCGGUAGGACAGGGCUGUGUAACCAGGUCAUCAACGAUACAUGGGUCUCCUUCCCUUCAUGGUCAGAGGAUUCUACAUUCGUUGCUUCAAGGAAAACACAGUAUGAAGAACAUAUCUACAGAUGUGAAGAUGAGAGAUAUGAGUUGGAUAUUGUGAUUGAGAUCAACUCACACACCAUCAGAGUGCUAGAGCAUGUAUCCAAGAAACUCUCUAGAAUGUCUCCAGAAGAAUCCUCAAAGUUCAGGCUGGACAACUCGUUGGGUGGCACAUCAGAGGUUAUUCACAGGAAAGCCAUUCAAAGGAUAUAUGGAGACAAGGCAGCAGACAUAAUUGAAGGCUUGAAGAAAAACCCUGCUGUGGCAGUUCCACUGGUUCUUAAGAGAUUAAAAUUGAAGGAAGAUGAGUGGAGGGAGGCACAACGGAAUUUCAACAAGAUAUGGAGAGAACAGAAUGAGAAGUACUACCUCAAGUCUCUGGAUCACCAGGGACUCAACUUCAAACAGAAUGAUGUCAAGGCUCUUAGGUCGAAGAGUUUAUUGAAUGAGAUUGAGGCAAUAUUCUAUGAGAGACAAGAAGGACUCGGUACUGGAGAGAAUGGAGCAGGGUUAUGUGGACCUCAUCUAUCUCUACCCUUCAUGGACAGACAGUUCAUGGAAGAUGCUUCAUCACUCAUCAUUCACCAUACCAAAAGACAAACAGGCAUUCACAAGAGUGAGAAACAGAAGAUCAAACAGCUGUUAUUCCACUUCUUGCCAGACCUUACCUUUGAGGAGCGAGGAGAGCUAUCAGAUGAUGAGGAUGAAGAUGAAGAUAUGGAUACAGACGAAGGAGGAGACCAGUGUUCAACAAAGGAUGUCACGGAAACUAAGAAAUCAAAAAUCCCCAAUGGCCCUCUGGAAAAGGUCAUUUGGGAAGCUCCGGACUCAUAUCGUAUGUUCUUUGUGAACAACAACUGGUAUCUCUUCAUGAGGCUGUACCACAUCCUGUGUGAAAGGCUUGAGAAAAUGAAGAAGAGAUGUGAAGUCAUCAUGGAAACAGAAGGAGGGUUGAACAGGAGAGCUGCCAAGGAAUCAACUGCAUUAGCAUUGGGCUUGAAACAACCACAGAUGGAUCCGAGUGAGUACUACAACACGCUGUUGGAUCUGAUACGUAGUCUCUUAGAUGGCAACAUUGAGAGUGGUACAUAUGAAGACCAGCUGAGAGAGAUGUUUGGUAUCCAUGCCUACAUGGCCUUCACUCUGGAUAAGGUUGUCAGCAAUACAGUCAGACAGCUCCAACACAUAGUGACAGAAGAUACAUGCAUGCAGGUGACGGAUUUGUUUGUGAAUGAGAUCAAGUCUGGGGGUACUGGGGGAAGUCUUGCCACCAUGCCAGUCAGAGCAAACGCUGAAGCCCUAUACCAACGCAAAGCAGAGCAGCUGCUAUCUGAAGAGAACUGCUUCAAGAUCACAUAUGCCAAGCUUGAUCGCAAGCUGUGCAUAGAGCUGCUAGACACAGAAGAAGAUCCCAGCGAUGAUCCAGUAGAGGUGGAUAAAUGGGUGGACUAUGUGGAGAAGUUUGUCCUCUCUGAAAGCAUCUCACCAGAACUCAGAGAUCAACUCACCAAGAAACCUGUCUUUCUUCCAAGGAGCUUACGAAAGACUCGCCAGCAGUCACUCGAAGAGGAAAAAGACACCUUUCAGGCGGACUUCAUCGCACACAUCCUGGCAUCGGCUCAAGAAGCCACACCCCCUCCUCCCCAAGAAGAAACAGACACCAAUCAGGACAUGCUAAAACAGAAUGACAAUUCACAAGACACAGACUCUAGCACAGAGACAAAAUCCACCGGCGGCGGCGAUCCCAAUGGGAAAACCCUGGACAGUGUGCUGGGAAGAGAGGGUGCCACCAUGAAGGACGGGAGGAAGAUACUGUCCAAGGUGGUGACCAAGGGGGAUAAGAAGACCGAAGGGAGAGUUGUGGUGGGUGGUGUGAUGAAUCCCCUGGAGGGAGUGGACAUGGUCAAUAACAUGGAAUGCAAGUUCAACCUCAACUCCUACAAGAUGGUAUAUGUUGUGAACUCAGAGGAUUAUAUGUACAGGAGAACCUCAAUCACCAAGGCAAAGCAGGCCCAUCCCAAAGUCACCGCCAGGUUAUCAGGUCGCUUCCGUAAAUGGGUGGACAAGUGGAGAGAGUCUAAUGUGACUGAUUCCGAGGCUGAGGCUGUUGAGAAGUGGUUUAUGGGGGAGAUAGAUGACUUAGUGCCAUGUCAGACUAUGAGUUACCAGAUCACCAGCUCCAACGGAGUCCACAGAAAAUUCAAGGUAGCCUACCCAAAAAAACCUGAAGAGGAACCCAUCGAAGAGUCGUGACUGCCACUGGAUUCCUGCUUAGAACUUUGAACUUUGAACAUGAUACAAGCAGGCUGGUGUGAGUUGGAACAUUUCUCUAGCGUCAACCGCUGAAUCAUGUGACGAUGUGACGCAGUAGUAUUACUCCAUGAGACUUCAAGUGUAUUCCCUCUUGAGAACAUCUUGUAUAUUAAUAUUUUGGAACAGUACAAUGCUCUUUGUUGAAAGUCAUACAAAGAUCAUUUCUUGUUUUAUUUAUAGUAGCCCAAUUAGCUUCAUAGGCAUGUAGUAGCUCUUGCCUUAUGUAGAGUGAAGCAUUUUUUCCUUCUCAUUAACAAUACAGUUUAAGUUGACUUGCAUAUUAUGUCUGAGUGGAGUUUCAGGUCUAGAUUGUUGUCAAUGUGGGAUGGAGACAGUAACGUAAGUGACAUGUGAAAGUUAUGCUUAUAGUUUCUCUGUACAGGUGGUUAGGUGUCCGGACACUUAUCAAACAUAAAACCUUCUAUUUUGCCUUCUGAUUUACUGAAAAAUAUUUAUCAAAUAGCACCAACCAUCAUCGAUAUUUUUCCUUAAUAAUAUUGUCCAACAUAGAUCUUACAAGAUUUGUGAAAUAUUGCUUGUAAACUUCUUCAAAUUUCUGUUUUAAACCAACUGUCUGGAUACACAACGGGUGGGUAUAUGUCAUUUUUAAAAGUUUUCAACAAAAAGACAUAAAAUCCCUGGUUAUGACAUUACAGACAUGAUCAGAACAAAUAAAUGAGACUUGCUAGUGUUAAAAUGUAUGAACUUUUUUUGUAUCAAAAAAAUGCUAUUGCAAGUAAAAUGUAAUCCAAUAUUUUUAUUUAUACAUUUAUAGCAAGAUAUAUUUGAAUACUAUGGCUGCAUUUUUCAGAAAAUUUGAAAAGGACAUCAUACAUUCCAGGUCAGUAUAGGAACCUACCCACAUGUAGUGUGCUCUUCGUUUUUACCUCCCAACUCGUUACUUUUCUUUAUCAUCCCAAUACACCAGUUUACAGUUGUAUCAGUGCGCAUGCGCAGACAGUUGACCUCGGGUCAUUGGCCCUGAAUUCAGGGCCAAUGACCUUUGACCAGUGGUAUUGAUGCGUAAAUGAAGAUUGCGCCCAUGCAAAUGAUGAUUUGCGCGCACAACGCAGCGCGUAGGCAGUGAUAUCAUCAUAAUUUGCAUGGGCGCAAUCUUAAUUUACGCAUAAAUACAUGACCUUUAGGUCAUUGGCUUUGUGUAAAAUGGCGCACACAACCGUAAACUGGUGUAUUGCAAUUGUUUUUCCCUGUCUCUCACAUUCUCUUUCCUCAAUGUUUUAGCACUUGAGUUCAUUUACCUGAAAGCUACUGUUCAAUCACAAUGUCCCCCUCCCUCUCCCCCUCCUUUGGUUUCAUGUGAAUGAACUACUCAAUUUCUCUCCACAAGUUGAGCUUGUUCAGAUAUGACUCUGUAUGGUAUUGCUCAAAUAGAUCAAACUGAAUCCAUUUAGAUGAAAAUAUCAAUUCGAUGAUCAGUGGGUUCGUUGUAAUAUUAUCCUAACCUCCAGAAAUUUCAACAAAAUGUCAAUUUGAUUGAAUAGGGGCAUGAACUGGCUUUGUCCUGGUGACAUAGAGCCACCACAGUCAUGAUUCCCAUAGCUUUACCCAUAUUUUCGUUUUCUAAUAAUAAUUGGAAUAAAUAUAAUGCAGAAGAAUGCUGCAUUAUUGUAACUAGGUUUCCUUGUAGUAGGUCGGAAAUGUGUAUAUUUGAGGAAUUGGA